AUGACUGAAAGGGUUUACUAUCCCUGGGCAGAUCGAUGUGAGAAGUUGUCUGUAUUUCUUGAACGUGCUCACCUUCGGAACUUCCUCAAUGCCAUUAAGAAGAAAUUAAAAAUAAAUGACCCUGACGAUUUUGACCGGGUUAAACCUACUGAUUUAGCUUGUCUUGGAAUGACAGAAAACGAAAUCAAUCGACUUGUUAGUCAGCUAAUAGAGGAUGGGUUUUCAGUGAAGAAUUUGCUAUCGGAUGGAUAUACAGACUAUUCCUAUUCAUGGCCAGAUCCGAAACCACAUUCUGCUGCUGAUUUUCACCGAUCGAAACUGCUACGUAAACUGUUUGGAGGAAAACAGUCCCAUACUAGUGCUCCAGUAUCACCAGCUCAUAGACUGAAACAUCAAUGUAAGGAAGAGUUCCCGAUACAACCUUCUUAUUGGAGCCAGCAUCAAGUAUCUGGCCGUUCCACCAGUUUUUCUCAAAAUAGUCGUCAGAAUAUUGUUACUAACUCAGCUGCAUUCACAUGUCUUAUUCCUGAGAAGGAUAUCAAACUCCAUUCAAGAAUUGGAGUUGGUUCGUUUGGCAUAGUACGGCGUGGUGACUGGACUGUGCCGACGGGCGAAACUAUUCCUGUGGCUGUGAAAUUAUUAAAACCAGAAGCAAUGAAAAGCGAUUUAUUCACAGGAUUCUUGUAUGAAAUUCGUGCGAUGCAAUGUCUUUCACAUCCUAGUUUAAUUCGUCUUUAUGGAAUUGUACUAUCUAAUCCAAUUAUGAUGGUAACUGAAUUAGCACCAUUAGGCAGUUUAUUAUUACAUUUAAGAGCUCAAUCUAUAUGUGCCAAUAAUAAUAAUUCUUAUAAUAAAACAAAUGAAGUAAGAGCACAUUUCCCAUCUGUACCUCGUGCUCUUCAAAUUGAUUCAUUAUGGGAUAUGGCUAUUCAAAUUGUUCAUGGUAUGGCUUAUUUAACAUCUCAAGGACUAGUUCAUCGCGAUUUAGCAGCUAGAAAUAUUUUACUUUCAUCAAUUUCAAAAAAUGAAUAUCCUCAAAUUAAAAUAGCUGAUUUUGGUUUAGUUCGAUCAUUAGAAUCAUGUACAGUAAAUAAGAAAAUAUUAAAUGAAAAUGAAUCAAAUGAAGCAAUUUAUACUGGAUGUUCAGAACAGAAAAUUCCAUUUGCCUGGUCCGCUCCAGAAUCUUUGCAUAAACGAACCUUUUCUGAAGCAAGUGAUAUUUGGAGUCUAGGUGUUACAUUCUGGGAAAUGUGGACCGGUGGUGCAGAUCCUUGGUCGGGUCUUACUCCUGUGCGUUUGUUAGAGCUCUUAGAUUCUGGUCGUAGGUUGGCAUGGCCCCGAUUUACCUGUCCACGUCGUUUAUACCAGAUAAUGUUAGCUUGUUGGAGAGCUGAACCGUAUCGUCGACCGACCUUUUCCUACCUCGCCGAAAGAUUAGAUCAGAUUCGUCCAACUAUCGUCAUGGCAACUCAAAAUCUUGAUGAAGCUGAUCGUUUAGGCUUAGAAGCAGGUGAUAUUGUUAUUAUUAUUGACGGAAAACCCCGUGAAUUUUGGUGGCGUGGUCAAAAUAGACGGACUGGUGAAAUAGGCUCAUUUCCACAUGGUAUUGUUCAACUUUGUAAAAACACCACACAGACAUUUGAUGAUAUAAAUCAAUCAUCGCGUCGUGAUUCUUUGUCACAUAAUGAACAUAUUAAUAAAAAUCAAACCGAAUCGAGUUUAUUACAGUACAACAUAUCGCAUACUUAUUGUGACCGGUCUCCUACUCCUAUUGAUGAAAAAUGUAAUGAAAUAAAAACUAAAAACUUAUUCAAUUGUUCAAAUCACAAUCUCUUACCAUUUGAUGAUAAUUCGCUAUUGAUUGGAACUUCUACAUUUAAUGAUGUAGAAAAUGAAUCAGUAUGCCGUACUAUGGAUUCGUAUUCUUCGUCUUAUGGAUGUCUGUUCACUAACUUAUCACUUUCAGAUGCACCAGGUUUGGAUAAAUAUGACGAUGAUGAUGAUAAUAAUAAUAAUGAAGGAGAGGAAGAUGAGCGAAGAAUUCUUGAUAAAACACCUAAUUCAACUGUAGGAUUAAAUGCUUAUAAUGUGGAAUUACGAAAAUGUCCCAAAUCUGAGUUAAUAAACAGUCAUAGAAAGUCAGUUGCCAACUAUGUUGCAAAUGGCUACAAUGACUAUGAAGUUUGUAUUUAUAAUCCCAUAACAAUGUUGCCACCACCUCCUGGACCGGAAGAAAACGAGACUGUCAUCUUUGCAGAUGACGUUAACAACAAAAAGUCUUCUGAUGCUUCUGUACAAUCUACAAAAUUUAAGGAUAGUGUUAAACAUUUAUCUGAUAAAGAUAAUAAUCCUAAUAAAUCUGACAUUAGUACAAUGAGUAAUAGUCAUCAAGUUGAAAAACACAAUAUAUCAUCAAUGUCUGAAAGUAUAACUCCUUCGAAAAAACAUUCAUUUUCGCUUGACAAUUUAUUAGAUGAAGUUUCUUCUAUCAGUGCCAAAGAUUUUGAUUGCCAACCAUCAGCCCCACCUUUAAUUGAUCUUUACAGUCCUGUACCAGAUCCGUCAGCAUUUAUCCCCAGAUAUCGUAUUACGGUUCCUACCGCCCCAAUUUACAUUCCAUCGAUCAUUAAGCCUACUCCUUAUUCUUUUGUAUUUAUACCUAGAACUGUAUCCCCGUCUACAAUCAAUUAUUCAUCAAAUCCAUUUUUACAAAUGAAUUAUAAUGUUUCUUCACAGCUCAAUUAUAACACUCAAAAUCGAUAUUGUUAUGAUCCUUUUCAUCCUCAAGUUAACAUGCAAAGAUCAUACUGUACAUCUUUCCCUUUUCCUUCUUCUUUGAAUUUCAGUGUUGAUCAAUCAGCAAAACAAACAAAUUCAUUUAAUUUUUCUGAUAAUCCUUUUGAUUUUAAUAAGUCAAAUAUUAAACAACAUUCCCAGUGCGCCGAUAAGAUUGAUACCACUGUUAAUAAUCUAAACCAUAAAACCGAAUUAGACGUUUUAGAUAUGGUGUUCGAUAACAACAAUAAUAAUAAUAAUUAUGAUAAUAAUAAUAUCUCACAUCAAACACCAACUGUUAGUAGUCCAGUAUUUUCAACUAAACAAAAUGUUGAUCAUUGCACUACUAGAUUAGAAAAUGAAUUACUUGUUAGAUCAUGUCUUCUUACUAACUCAUCAGAAGCUCUGAAUUCAAAUUCUAACUUUUUAAAUCCGACAAAUGAUAAAUUCACUAAUUCUGUUACGGUUUCUCUCUCAGAAAAUAAUAUUACUUCAGGUGUAAAUCCUCAGCAUCAAGUGAAUGAAAAACUAAACGACGUUUUUGAGUCUUCAGAUAAUUUUAAUGAUGAAAUUUCACUUGUUCGUUCUCAUGUUCCUGGAUGCACUUUAUCUGAAGCUCAUUGGGCGUUAUUACAUGUAAUGAAUCCAUUUUCUCCACUUAUAUCUCAAUUAGUUGUACCUCCAAUUCCAUGCACUGCACCUAUAGAAACUUGGCGGACCAAACUAGAUAGAACUAGUGCUUGGCGUGUACAAUUAGCCAUUCGCCUUUUAUCUGUUUGUCGUCUUUAUCAAUUAGGUCUAAUCAAUUGGGAUUCAUGUUGUCAAAUUAUUAGUGCAUUCAAUUGGAAAUUGGAACCUGCAGCUGAUUGGAUUCUUGAUCAUAUGACCCCUAAUUGUUUUAUUUAA